AUGUGGAUUCUUUCAUUUUGGCUGUUCCCCGUGGUGUCCGGAUGCAUGUGGCUAUCUAUGCUGGUUGCUAUGCUGUCCUGCUGGGCGGCGGACGGCAAGCCGCAUUAUAGCACCAUGAGCGAUCAGUUGUCGAUUCCGUACAUCUCCCAUAUCGGCGCGGAAAGACUCAAGCCGUUGUUCAUUGCCGGUUGCGUGGUCACCGGCGUGUUCAUGACCCUGUCGCUACUGUCGGAGCGAUGGCUUCGACACGCCGGCCAACUGGCACGGAAUAGGGAUCUUUUCGACAAGUCGUGUGCCAUAGGGUCUAUUUUCUUUGCGCUCACCGGCGCAUUGGGUGUCAUUCUUUUAUCCAUCUUCGACACGAAGCACCACCAACACCUUCAUUAUGGAUUUCUGGGCAUGUUCAUUGCAAGCUACGUAGUCUGCGCCAUCCUAGUUUGUCUCGAAUACAUCCACAUGGGCCGAUGGUAUCACCCCCAAGCUCGCAUCCUGCUCGUCAGCUUCUAUCUCAAGGCUGUCUUUAUCAUCUGCGAGCUUGGUGUUGCCAUCGGAUUCGGGGUGUGUUCGAGAUCCAGCUCGAAAGAGAGCAAGAAUGCAGGCGCGGUCCUGGAAUGGGUUGCUGCGCUGAUCUUCGCAUUUUUUGUGUUCUCUAUAAUUCCUGACUUGUUGCCAUCUGUUCGGACGAAGAAACGCGUUCCUCAGGGGGAGAAGUAUAUCAUGCCGGAACCUCGCAGCAGAUCAAGGGGCCUUGUUGAUUUCUGA